AUGAAUAAAUCAUUGGGACCUAAUUUGAAAUAUCUAUAGAAGAUAGAAGAAUAAGAGAAAAUGAUUGAGUUCCUGAAAAUAAAAUAUAAAGAAACUACUGGUUUUGAAGCACCUUUAUUAUAAACAUAAAAUGAAGUAGUUACAUAAUAAAAAAUAAAUCCUCAUUCAAUUACAUUACCAUAAGCUAAAUCAAUAAUAUUUACAUAAUAAAAAGAAGAAGAAAAAUAAUUAGAAUAAUUUUAAACAUUUUAUGAUGCUGUUAGUAGUUUAAAAUUACCUACAAAAUUAUUACCAUAAAAAACAAGACCUAAAAAUAAUCUAAAAACUAAUAUUGAUUUUAAAAAUCAUUAUCAUUUAAUUGAAGUAUAUAUUAAUUAUUUUAUAUAAAAUAGAUAAUUGAUUUAAGUAAUUUUGGUAAUAAGAAAUUCAAUAGAUUAGCAUUUAAAGAAUUUUUAGAAUAGAUAUAAGAUAUGAGAACAUUACAUACAUUAAAAUUAAGAAAUAAUGGAAUUGAUGAUUCAUAUACAGAUGAAUUAAAAUUUAUUGUUUCUAAUACUCAUAUAAAAAGUUUGGAUUUAAGUCAUAAUGAAUUAGGACCAAAAGGAAUGGAAAUAUUUUUGAGCAGUAUAAAAGAAGUUAAUUAUUUUAAAUCAUUUGAGUAAUACAAAUUACUAUGAUUAGUUUUUCAAGGAAUAAUUUCUCUCAUAGUCUAAUAACAUUAAAUUAAUUAUAUAGUGCAUUAACAUAAUAGACUGAUUUAUAUCAUAUUUGUUUAGAUGCAUUUAAAUCUGGUCAGUCAGAUUAUAAAGGUGCUGAUGUGUUAAUUAAAUUGGUUAUAAAUUAAAAAUCAUUAAGAAGUGUAAUCAUACAAGAUUCCAUUAUUUAAGAUUUAUAAAAAUUAAGUUAAUCUCUAUCAUCUUUAUAAUGUCAUUUAACUGAAUUAACUUUAAAAUAUUGUUUUUUAACAUCUGAACAUAUAAAUAUAUUGGCAUAAGGAUUGGCAAAUAAUUAAUCUUUAAUAUAUUUAAAUCUAUAACAUAAUGGUUUAAAUGAUUUAUCAGGAAAAUACAUUGCUUAAAUGAUAUAAACUAAUUAUUAUUUAUAUUAAAUAGAUCUAGAACAUAAUCAAUUAGGAAAUGAUUUUAUUUAAUUGAUUAGUUUAGCAUUAAAGAGAAAUAAUGUAUUAAAUUCAUUAAAAUUGGGUUAUAAUUCAAUAUCUGAAAUUAAACCAUUAUUGAAUGUAAUUGGACCUGAAAAUACAACAUUAAGUGAUUUAGGAAAUAUUCAAUAGAACCCUUUAUUGUUGGCUCAAGUUGAAUUAUUAUAAAAGAGAUUUAAAGGAUCAAAAGAUUCAACAUCAAAUUAUAUAAUAUUGAAACCAAUCAAUUUCACAUAAAUUUUACAUAGAAAACAAGAAAAUUACAGAGUUUGGAAUAUUUGA